AUGGUCCCAUCAUCCAUGAUAACGAGGAUACAGGCAAAAAUGCAGAGGAAGAUGCUGAGGGAGUUCCUGGGCGAGUUGAUGAGCACUUAUGUCAUGAUGGUGUUUGGCCUUGGCUCCGUGGCCCAUAUGGUUCUAGGAGAGAAUACAUUCGGGAGCUACCUCGGUGUCAACUUAGGGUUUGGCUUCGGAGUCACCAUGGGAGUGCACGUGGCAGGGGGCAUCUCUGGGGCCCACAUGAACUCAGCUGUGACCUUUGCCAACUGCGCUCUAGGCCGGAUGUCCUGGAAGAAGUUUCCUAUCUACGUACUGGGCCAGUUCCUGGGCUCCUUCCUGGCCGCUGCCACCAUCUUCUGCCUCUUCUACAAGGCCAUCAACCACUUCUCAAAUGAACAUCUGACAGUGACUGGUCCCACAGCCACAGCUGGCAUUUUUGCCACCUACCUUCCUAGCCACAUGACGUUGUGGUGGGGUUUCCUGAAUGAGGUAUUAUUGACGGGGUUGCUCCAGCUGUGUCUCUUCGCCAUCACAGACAAGCAGAACAAUGCAGCACUGGAAGGGACCCAGGCCCUAGUGAUUGGCAUCCUGGUUGUCGCCAUUGGGAUAUCCCUAGGCAUGAACACAGGAUAUGCCAUCAACCCAUCCCGGGACUUUCCUCCCCGCUUUUUCACCUUCAUUGCCGGCUGGGGCCCCGAAGUCUUCAGAGCUGGAGGGCACUGGUGGUGGGUGCCAGUGGUGGCACCACCCCUGGGUGCCUACCUAGGUGGUAUCAUCUACCUGCUCUUCCUUGGCUCCUACACCCCGUGGAAACCAAAGACUCCAAAGGAGACCAACAUGUAUGAAGAACACAGGAUAUCCGUGUUGCCCAAGAUGAAGUCUCACUUAUCCAAAACCUCUUCCCUCACCCCUGUUUCUGUGUCCUCUAACAUCUCUGACAAAAGCAAAUUCUCAACCCGGCCUAUCCCACCCGUAAGUGACUCAGUCAUUGCUGUAGAGCACUUCUAA